GUGGAGCGGUGGUGAUUCUAGCCGUAAUUAUUACGGGAUUGAAAAUAAAAAUUUUUGCCUCGGAAAAAGGCGGCAUCCCUCAUUUUCCAUUCCCUCCGAAAAAGAGGAAAGGGAAAACUAGAAAAACUAAAAUUAAAAUUGAAAAAAAUAAUUAUAAUAGCAGAAACGAAAGCAUUGAAGAGGGAAACCUCAAAGCUUCAGUGUGUGUGUGUGUGUGUGUGUUUUUGUAAAAUUUGGGAAAGGAAAUUCUUCGAAAGCGAUAGGGCAAAGGAAUCAAGAGGAGAGGAAAAUUAGUAAUUCUUCCUCUUCCUCUUUUCUAUAGAUUCUAGGGCAGAUGAAGCGAAGCAUCGACGAUUUGGAGCUUAGCUCCGACGAGGACGUUUGGAGCAAACACUCCUUCAACUUCUCCCGUUUCGCCAACAAAGACGAGGCUACAAAGUCGCGGCCACGGUCAAUGCCGCCGCCGAUUGAGUCGUUCUCUUACUCGGAUAAUAAUACUUCUAGGAAUUACUCGAAUGGUCAGGCGUCGAAUCGUUCCGAAUUCACUCCGAUUGAAAUUCUGGAGUCUUCCUCGGAGGAAAAGUUUGAGAAUUUGGAGGAUGAUGAUGUUGACAUCGAGGCGAGCAAUCGAAACAGUAAGGCAACUUUGGCAAGUAGCCGUGGCCGCCGGUUUGUGAUCGAUGAUGAAGAUGAAGAAGAGGAGGAAGAUAUCGGAGUCGGAGACGAAUUUGAUGAGUUUGAGGAGGAGGAAGGCUUAAUCAAGAAGGCGUUGCAGAAAUGUGGGAGAAUCUCGGCUGAGCUGAAGGGAGAGUUGUAUGGUGCUGCGGGAGCUGCGUGUGAUACGUAUUCGGAAGUCGACGUAAAUUCUGCAGUUAGAAUCGUCACCCAGGAUGAUGUGAAUGAUGCAUGUGGUGGAUCCGACUCUGAAUUUCAGCCCGUGCUAAAACCUUACCAAUUGGUUGGCGUCAAUUUCCUUCUGCUCUUGUAUAGGAAGAAAAUCGGUGGAGCAAUAUUGGCAGAUGAAAUGGGUCUUGGUAAGACCAUUCAGGCGAUAACAUAUUUAACGAUGCUGGAUCAUUUGCACAAUGAUUGUGGUCCUCAUUUGAUUGUUUGCCCUGCAUCUGUUCUGGAGAAUUGGGAACGCGAGCUAAAGAAAUGGUGCCCCUCUCUUACUGUUCUCCAGUAUCACGGUCCAGCUCGAUCAGCUUAUUCUAAACAAUUGAGCACUGUUAUGAAAGCAGGAUUACCUCCUCCUUUCAAUGUUAUUCUUGUGUGUUACUCACUUUUUGAACGUCGAAGUGCACAACAGAAAGAUGAGCGCAAGGUUUUGAAACAUUUUGAAUGGAGCUGUGUUCUGAUGGAUGAAGCUCAUGCCCUGAAGGAUAAAAGUAGCUAUAGGUGGAAAAAUCUAAAGUCUGUUGCCCGAAAAGCGAAGCAGCGUCUAAUGCUUACUGGGACACCACUUCAAAAUGAUCUGCAUGAGUUGUGGUCUAUGCUGGAGUUUAUGUUGCCUGAUCUAUUUGAAACUGGGGAUGUUGAUUUGAGGAAGCUUCUCAAUGCAGAAGAUCGAGACUUGAUUACUCGAAUAAAGUCUAUCCUUGGGCCUUUCAUAUUGAGGAGAUUAAAAUCAGACGUGAUGCAGCAGCUUGUCCAGAAAAUCCAGAAGGUUGAGUAUGUGAGAAUGGAAAAACAGCAAGCCGAUGCUUACAGAGAAGCAAUUGAUAAUUACCGUGCAACUUGUCAAGCUCGUAUGUCAAAGCUACCAGAUGGUGGUGUGAAGAAUAUGGCUGGAAUUUUGCCUCGCAGACAGAUUUCUAAUUAUUUCCACGAGUUUCGCAAGAUUGCGAAUCAUCCUCUACUUGUGAGACGCAUAUACAGAGACGAUGACAUCAUUCGAUUCGCUAAAAUUUUGCGUUCAAAAGGUGCUUUCGGUUUUGAGUGUGGCAUGGAACGCGUGAUUGACGAACUUAAGAAUUACAGUGAUUUCUCAAUUCAUCGGCUUUUACUUUCUUAUGGUGACAGAGAUACAAAGGGAACUCUGUCAGAUCGGCAUGUUAUGGCCUCUGGAAAAUGCCAGGUAUUAAAUGAACUUCUCCCUGCUCUAAAACAUGAAGGGCAUCGAGUACUUAUUUUCAGUCAAUGGACUUCAAUGCUUGAUAUUCUGGAAUGGGCCUUGGAUGUGAUCGGAGUCACUUAUAGUCGUCUAGAUGGAAGUACCCAGGUGUCAGAUCGACAAACAAUUGUUGAUAAUUUCAAUAAGGACUCUUCAAUAUUUGCAUGCUUGCUUUCUACAAGAGCAGGAGGACAGGGUUUGAACUUGACCGGAGCAGACACUGUCAUAAUACACGACAUGGAUUUUAAUCCACAGAUUGAUCGACAAGCUGAAGAUCGUUGUCAUCGAAUUGGACAAACCAAACCGGUGACAAUUUACAGGUUAGUGACUAAGGAUACAGUUGAUGAAAACGUCUUUGAGAUUGCAAAGAGGAAGUUAACACUGGAUGCUGCCGUAUUACAGUCGGGAGUAGAAGUCGAAAAUGAUGAAGGUAUAGUAUCUGAUAAGACAAUGGGGGAGAUAUUAUCAUCGUUAUUGCUUGGCUAAAACACCACCUUAGAAAAUAAAGGAUUUAGGAGUAAGCACAGUUCUUGCUUUCCGCAUAUUAGCAUUCGAGAAAGCCCUAUAGACAGGGAAUAGAAUUGUAAGAUGUAUCAGGGGCGAGGAACCCAAAUAUUGGUUAUUGUUUAACAGAAAAAAUUUGCUCAUGAUUGAGUUGCAUAAUGUGACGUUGUAGCUCAGCCCUUCCUUUAGUUAGAACUUAGGAAUUUGUGUUUUUAAGACAGCCAAAUACAAAUGCUGAACCGGAGGGAAACAUGUUAAAAUUUUCCUCUCUUUUUUUUCUGGGCGUUGAGCAAGGCAAACAACAGUUAGGCUGACUCUUUAACUCAAAAGGUUGUAAUCUUUUCUUUUCCUUUCUUUUCUUUGGUGAAUGUAAAACGGUUUCAACUAUUUGAUUCUUAACCCAAGAAAAC